AUGGAUCACAGAGACGAGCCGAUGCCUGUUUAUAAAAAACCCGGGCUGGGCGGAAAAAACUCGCCUCGGGAAGGGAGCCUCAACGGUCAAAGCAUGGCAGACAUUGUAGCUCUGAUCAACCUCAGCAGCGAGGAGAGGAAGGUGAAGUUGGUGUCGAAAUAUGUCAAUAUUAUAUCCGAAUUUAUACUCCACAAGGCAAGGGAAAUAUCAAAUGGAGGAGAAAACCAAGAAGUAUCUGCAGACGACAUAGAAAAAGUGAUUGUUUCUGAGGGUUUAUUCUUCCUGUCAGACAUCAUCAGCCUUAAUAAACAAUAA